AUGAACUCAUCGACGACAAUGAAGAAAGGACUCAACAGAAGAGUCUCACCUCCCUCCAAAGAUGCACCAGGUCUAUCAAGCCGAACAAGUUCGACCGAGAGCACUCAAAUACCUCGGCAACUUUGGUGGUCACCGAAACGCAAUGCCGUAGAAAUUUAUAAUCAAAGCGUGCCAAUAAGAAAUGUUACAUCGAAAGUGGACUCAAUGAGUAAUGUUAAGUAUCGACCAACCGGUGGUCAAGUUACAUUGCCACAGGAAUCUACAAAAUGGCAAGCAUCAUCAAGAGUUAAUUCAUUAUCGAAUAUUAAUUGGACACCUCCAGUGCCACAUGUUAGCAUUCAACAAGAAAAAUUAAAUUGGAAAGCUCAACCGAAAAUCAACUCAAUGGAUAAUAUCAAGUACAAACCCGUCGAGAGAAGUGUGGAAAUUUAUAAUGAAAAACUUGACUUUGCACAUGCUACGCCGCGUGUCGAUUGCGGCUUUUCAAAUUGA